CUGUGGCGUAGACGACGUAUCAAUUGUUGUCUUCUGAUGAGGCAGUAUUUUAAAAAAUGGAGAUCUCAAGUUGAAGGAUAAUCGAGUUUCAAGAUUAUUAUAAUACACACCAGUGAAUGCUCAUCGCUAGAUCUAAUAAUGGGUAUUGUAUUUAGAACAGAAAAACAGCUUCGUUGGUGUGUAACUUAAAUAUGGAUAGUUAAAAACGAAUUCUAUUGAACUAAUUGAUGUUGCAACUCAACUAAAAAACACUAGAUUGACGAAGUAAUUUCAUUUUCCCGCACAGUUCCACCAAUCAGCGCACGCAUUGCGCAAAUGCCACAAAUGUCAGUGACCAGUGACAGCUUUGACAUUUAUUUAGGUUAUAUCACUUUUAUUCCAUUUCAUCCAUUUCAGCCUCCACCAGUUCAAAAAUAGCAACUUUUCUUCAUGCAAACCCCAAAAUGAGCCCUCUCGCACUCGCCAGCUACCAAAAGUCGACCAACAAACCCGCAACAAGUAACAGAUGAAGCCCAACUAAUCCAUAAGCUGGAUGCGCACCAGCAUGAACCAGCAGCUAAUGGAGCGCCUUUCUCCACAACCGGGCGGCUGCCCCUUGGUGCACCUUGGCCACACUUCUAAGGAAGCAGACCCAUCAGCUGACCGUUUCUACCCUUCAGAUGACCAUAACUGCAACUAUCACCAUCAGCAAAAUAAUAGUUUCGACAGUAGCCAGUACUAUAACCAGCCACAUUUGUAUUUGCCAGAGGGGCAGAAAAAGAGCAACGCUUUUGACUUGUCCAGUUUAUCAUUAGGGAGUGGGUACUGGGGGUACGGGGAGCCGGCGAAGCAGUAUUACAGGGCCCCCUCGAAUUACUUACUUGAUAAUUUUACGAAGCUGGGAAAGUCGAGUCCGAGUUUGGAUCAGGGGUACCACACUUUAGGGUUUGGAGCGUCAGAGGGGAAUGUUUUCAAGGGGAAAAAGUACCACAACAAGAAUAACUCGUUUGAUCGUUUGACCGACGAUAUUAUAGUUAAGAUCUUCUCGUUUCUCGCUAGCGUGGAUCUGAGUGUUUGUGCCACUGUAUGUCGUAGAUUUAACGUUCUAGCGUGGGCCCCCUCACUGUGGCGCAUUAUAAGGCUCGAAGGUGAUAACGUGAGGGGUGAUAGAGCCAUCAGGAGUAUCCUGCGCCAAUUGUGCGGGCAAACUGACACCUGUCCAAACAUCGAGCGCAUUUACAUCACUUAUGGCACAAAAAUCACUGAUAAGAGUCUCCUCACUUUGGCGAGACGCUGCCCCGAGUUGACUCAUCUGCAAAUUCAAGGUUGCACCGCCAUCACCAACAACGCCCUCUUCGAGGUGGCUUCUCGCUGCAACAACCUGCAGCACCUGGACGUGACAGGUUGCGUGAAAAUUUCGUGUAUUAGUAUAAACCCGGGCCUCGAUCCGUCGCGCCGCCUCCAGCUGCAGUACUUGGACUUGACCGACUGCUCGGCUCUUCAGGAUAGCGGCUUGCGCGUUAUCGUACACAACUGCCCCCAGAUCACCCACCUCUACCUGCGCCGCUGCGUGCAGAUCACCGACGCCGGCCUCAAGUUCGUGCCCAGCUUCUGCACCGACCUGAAGGAGCUGAGCGUCAGCGACUGCGUGGACAUCACGGACUUCGGUCUGUACGAGCUGGGCAAGCUGGGACCGGUCUUGCGCUACCUGUCGGUAGCCAAGUGCCAUCGGGUGAGUGACGCGGGGCUCAAGGUGAUCGCCAGAAGGUGCUAUAAGUUGCGGUAUUUGAACGCGCGCGGCUGCGAAGCGGUCUCCGACGACGCCAUCAUCUUCUUAGCGCGCUCGUGCACGAGGCUGUGCGCCCUGGAUAUAGGGAAGUGCGACGUGAGCGACGCGGGGCUGAGGGCGCUGGCAGAGAGUUGUCCGAAUCUGAAGAAGCUGAGUUUGAGGAGCUGCGAUCUGGUUACGGAUAGGGGGGUGCAGUGCGUGGCGUAUUACUGCAGGGGGCUGCAGCAGCUUAAUAUUCAGGAUUGUCAGAUUACGUUGGAGGGGUACAGAGCUGUGAAGAAGUAUUGCAAGAGGUGCGUGAUCGAGCACACGAAUCCGGGAUUUUUUUAAGCAGCCAUUUUUAUUAUAGCGUUUACAAGUACUAUUUUUGUAUUUUUAUAUCGAGAAAUUGUUAACUAUUUAUUUUUUGUAUAUUUGUAUAUCUAAGAGUAUUUUUAUUAAAAUUUUUCUCUACUAA